UGUUUUAACGACAAUCGCGAUUGAGCUUCGGGCAUGCGCACACACCAUAGCAACAGUUUCCGUGUUUACUGUCAUGGCGUAAAAUAAUGAAAAAUUCAUGACGGUAAUGAAAACGUCGUUAUAAUUGGAAUCUUACACGAAAGGGUCCAAAAUGAGUGAUAGUGGGGCUGAUGGAGCAGACAUGCGGGAAGCGGAGGAAGACAGCUCCCCUGACAACAUGGAGUAUGCUGCGCCCAUUUCAGCAUUGCCCCCAAAAGUCAUACACCAAGAAGAGAGUCAGGUAGAAGUGUCAGCAAGUCCAGCGUUCCAGUGCUUGGAUGAGUUAUUUCAUGAAGGAAAGCUAACUGGUACCAAAGUUGCCCAUUUGAAAGCAAAGUACACAGAGUUACAUGAAAUACUUAAAAAUACCAGGGAGAGUGAGACUCGUUUGCUGUCUCAGGCAAAAGAAUGCUCUGCUGAACUUGAUCGUCAACGUUUAGAGUUAGAGAAAGCAGACAAUUUUCCCGAUGGUUCAAACACAGAGGUUUCAAAGAUGAGGCAGCAACUGUUAAAGUAUAACAAUGACUUGAAACAAGCGCAAGAAAGGCAGUACCAGCUAGAAUAUCAAAUAGAAAUCUCUACAGAGGAGAAGAAAUUGAUGGACAGAGAGUACUCUAGAAUGCCAAAAGCUGGGGAAAUUGAGAAGAAAAUCAAAGAGUUACAACAAGCGUGUGAUGAUAUGAAGAAAGAAAUUGUUCAGAGACAGCUAGAGGUUAAAACAUUGAAAGAAGAUUUAGAUACAUCUAAUAGGCAAGUCAGCAUGGAUAGUAAAGAAUAUGAAAAACUCACUGAAAAAAUGGAAAAUCUUAAGGGUGAUUUGGUGCAAGUUAACACUGUUCCAAACCAGAUUGCAAAAGAAGCUGAUAAACUGGGAAGAAAAAAGAAUGAGCUUCAGAAUCAGUUAGUAGCUUUAGAUAAAGAAUUCCAAGAUAUUAUAGCUCAGAAAAAAAACAUAGAAAAUAAAAUGCAUGACCUGGAGGAAGAGAAAUUUGACAUGGACAAUGAUGUUGAGAAACAAAAAUCACAUUUGAACGAGAAGGAUCGAGAAAUGGAAGUGCUACAAAAAGAUUUUGAAUAUGCAAAAGAUCGAGAAGCUGUGUUAAUGGGGGAUAGGGCAACACUUGACUUGAACUUACGCCAUAUUCAUCUGGAAAAGAAAAAUGCUCAUGACGUUCAUUCAAGAAAAAUGAGAGAAAAAGACCGUGAUAUUAGAAACUUGAAAAAAGCUGAUCUUCAAAUGAAGGUUGCUGAAGAGACAUUAAAUCAUACAAAAUUAAUUCAUGAGAAAAUAAAAGGUCAGGUGGAUUCAUUACCCAAAGAUGAUGGCACACUUCAUAAGAAAAGAGAAGAACUACAGAAAGAAGUGGAACAAACCAAACGGGCUUUGGCUACUCAGAAUUCUCUAACAGCUGUUGAGCAUGUUAAACUAGAGGCUAGUGCUGCAGAGGAGCAGAAUCUAUUGUAUGAACAAAGUGAUCUUAGAAUUGAAGUGGUUGAACUCACUAGACUGGCUGCUAUUAAGGCUGAUGAAAGGGAACAGAAAGCUCGAGAUUUCAUGCGUGCUGAGAUGAGAUAUCACAAAGCUGUUGAGGAUCUAAAAACUAAACAAUUACAAAUACAAGAUCAUGAGAAAAAACAUAAGGAGAUGCAUGUCAAGUUAAAAGAUUUUGCCAAGUUGUAUGAUGUUAUAAAGAAUGAACGUAACAAGUGUGUGAACUUGAUUCAGACGAGUACUCAGAAAGCGGCAGAAAUGAGAGAGAAGAUCAAGAUCUUGCAGAAUGAGAUCGAGAUCCUACGCACAGCAGUCACUCAAAAAGACAGACAUCUACAAAAACAGAGAUUAAAACAUAUGAACAGUAUAGUAAUGAGAGAUGGUUUGAGGAAUGAGGUUGCCAAGCAACAAAGAAUUGAGGAAGAAAUGCAUGAAAAACGUGAACAACAGAAAAUGGACAUUUCAAAAUUAAACACUAUGAUUAAUCAGGCAGAGGAACAGAUGACAAAAUUAAGAAAUAGAUAUGAAAAAGCCAUAACACAUAGGAAUGAGAGAGGUAUCAAAUUGAUUGAAAGAAAUGAGGAGGUGUGCAUUUUCUAUGAAAAAGUUAACAUUCAAGAUCAAAUGAUCCGGAAUGGUAACGUAGAGUUGCAAGCUCGGGAAGAAGAGAUCCGGUUUAUUCAGAUGCAGAUGAACGAAGAGAAACGCUCUAUUGGUGUUCUCCGUGCUCAAACACCUAACAGAGUUAAUCUUGAAGGAGAACUAGUCACUUUACAAAUACAGCUUCAACAAUGCCAGGAUCGUAUGCUGGAGUUGGAGAAAGAUUUAGAGAAUCCUUACGAUGAGAAACGUGUUCGUUACCUUGAGGGUAAAGAUCUUCCACCAGCAGAAAUGCAUGAGAAGAUUGAAGAUCUUGAAACUCGGCUAGCUGAGAAAGAGGAACAGCUUCUAGAGAAAGAUUUGGUAUUUGAACAAGUGACACGUCUGGCUGGUAGAGUGAGGAACAAAGCUGAAACAGGCAAGGAUGAUACACUAGAUCUUGCCAAAAAGGUGAAUGAAUUACAAUUCAAAAAUAAAGGAAACACAACACGUAAGAUGAUGGCUUUAUGGUGUCUGAGGUGUCCAUGAACCAGGCCAAUGCUCUGAGGUUACAGCAGUC